AUUCCUGAAGUAACAACAAAACACGAAAGUCGAUAGUCAUGUGUUUUCAUGCCACCCACGUUUUGGAUUGUGGGUAAACAUCCGUAGCUACGAUCUUCAUCGGCUCCGAUAGGAAGCCAUAUUCACCGAGUGAUGUCUGCACAUUCACGGACGCAAGAGAGCGAUGCUUGGGCACUUUUAGCCCUAAAAUCGGCUCCAGCUAGUCCAUCAAAACUUCAAUGGAGUCCAGAAACGAAGGGGACUCCAAUUGCACGAUUAGAAGGUCGAGAAUUCGAGUAUAUGGUGCGGCAGAAGAGGAUUACUAUAGGCAGAAACAGUUCGCGAGGCGAGGUCGAUGUAAACAUGGGACACUCAAGUUUUAUAUCACGUAAACAUAUUGAAAUAUAUUUCGACCACCCUCACUUUUUUAUGCUGUGCAAUGGGAAAAAUGGAGUGUUUGUAGACGGAGUUUUUCAAAGAAAAGGAGCCCCUUCGCUACAAUUGCCGAAAACGUGCACGUUCCGCUUCCCAAGCACCAACAUCCGGCUGGUGUUCCAGUCGCUGGUGGAUGAGGCCGACCCCCCAGUGACGGUGCAGCAGCCGUCCCCGGCCAAGACGCGGGCUCCCCUGCCCCCCCUGCGCAUCAACAUCCCCGACCAGGAGGCGGGCUUCAGCAGUCCCUUCCCCUCGCCCACCGGCACCAUCAGCGCUGCCAACUCGUGCCCGGCUAGCCCCCGAAGCGGCCACAGCCGCCGCAAUGUGAGCACGGACCUGCAGAUGGUAGCGGCAUAUGCUGCGGCCGUGGCGAGCGGUGCUGGGGGUGGUCCGCACUCUGUCGUCAACACCAUCACGGUGACGACAUCCAGCUGCCAGGACGACAGCCACGGGGCGCUGGUCACCCAGAUGGAGCAGAGCGCGGACAACCACCAGCCAGACACCAGCAACAAGCGCCUCCACCCGGCGGCGGGCACCAACGGCACCACCUGUCCUCCGCCCGUGUCCGAGCCCUACAGCCCGCCCAAGGACGACUCCAAGCCUCCGUACUCGUACGCGCAGCUGAUCGUACAGGCCAUAGCGUCGGCCCAGGACAAGCAGUUGACGCUCAGCGGCAUCUACUCGUACAUCACCAAGAACUACCCGUACUACCGCACUGCCGACAAGGGCUGGCAGAACUCGAUCAGACACAACCUGUCCCUGAACCGCUACUUCAUCAAGGUGCCGCGGUCGCAGGAGGAGCCGGGCAAGGGCUCGUUCUGGCGCAUCGACCCGCAGUCUGAGGGCAAGCUGAUAGAGCAGGCGUUCCGGCGGCGCCGCCAGCGGGGCGUGCCCUGCUUCCGCACGCCCUUCGGCCUGUCCUCCAGGAGCGCGCCGGCCUCGCCCAGCCACGUGGGCAUGAGCGGCCUCAUCACGCCGGAGUCUCUGUCGCGCGAGGGCUCCCCGGCCCCCGAGCAGUACGUGGAGGCCCCGCCCGCCACCGUCUCCCCGCCGCACCACGGGGUGACCUUCGUGAGCGGGCUGGUGGGGCAGCACCCCCAGGUGGCGCUGGUCGGCAAGUCCCGCAUCAUGCUGCCGGCCCAGCAGAUCACCGUCGUCACCAACGGCGUGGGGGGGGAGGUGGCGUGCGAAGAGAAGUACCUGGUGCCGGGCAACACGGCGGCGCUGGUGAGCGUGAAGGAGGAGCGCUCCCUGUCGCCCACGACCUUCACCCCCGCGCCCGUCAUCGUGCAGGCCGCGUACAACUACAGCGGCACCUUCAUGACGCCGGGCGGCGGCGGGCUGGAGCAGGGCGUCAAGAGGCACGCCUCGCCGCCCGACUCGGACGACGGUGGCGCGCUCGACGAGACAGAGGACGGCAAGAAGGCGCGCCUGGAUGCCCAGCGGCUGGAUGGCGAGAAGUGAUGCGCGCCCUCCCGGAUCUGACCGCACGCCUCCCUGUCGUGGUCUCUCACCUGCACAGCAGUCGCAUGCGUAGUUGCCCCCCCCCCCCCUCCUCCUCUGCCCCACGCCCCACCCCCGCCAGUCGUUCACGUCUGUCCUACCGUAGCGGAACAUUCUUUCAGUACGACAGGUUUGGUUUAAACUGCCGUGGACACUCAUGUUUAGUUAGAUAAGUUAACUAAUCCUUAUAAUUACGUAGAUAAAAAAAAAGUAUCAUUAACUGAAGCACACAAGAUGUUCUAAGCACAGGAUGUUUGGAACAGUAUCUGUGGUGACUAAUGAAUCUACUAUAAAAACCGAUUGUCGAAUAAGAAUUGGAAAAUUUUUUGGUUUCAAAUUUUUAUUCUUUUGAUCAUGAUUCUUAUUGGAAGGAUCGAUUCGAGCCAUCACUAAAUUGGAGCACUCGACUGGAGUGUGGACGUGUGUCGGAGCGCGGACUGCAGUCUGGGUGGCAGACCCGGCUCGGCGGUGCUCGGGCCGAGCCGGAUGUCUGCUCAGUGGGCAGUAGCUUGUUCCGCACGCGUGCGGGAGGUCUUCUCCGGUGCACGCGAAGGUCAGUCCGAGCAGGAGAGCGACCAGCGUCAAAUUUUUUACAAAUUAUGAAUUGUACGUGUAAACGCUUGUGUGUGCUUGGUUUUAAUUCAUAGUCAUGAAAAUUAAAUGACUUUUUGUUUGGUUGUUGUAACACUUAGGACAUUCUCUGCUUGUGGUGGUGAAAUGAUUUUGUAAAGCAAACAUAUUUUUUGUGUACUAAAUACCAUAUUUACCUCUGCACUUUGGCUUAGAGUGGAUGCUGGAGGCUCCCGGAGUUGUAAUUCUGCGACACUUGGCAACCGCGGGGUGACGCUGCGGUGUAUAUAAUCACUUGAUUUGAUGUUGCAAUAUGUGUAUGUUUAGAUGUUUUGCUCACCGAUUUGAUGUGUCCACCAAACACACGUCGUAGAACAUGGUUUUCGUCUUGAGAUUAAACUUGGAAAAUGUGCUUUUUUUUUUGCACAUAUCUGUAGAAUGUUGUGUUUUAAAAAAAGGCAGUGCUAGCUGAGUCACUAGAGUUAAUAAUUUUCUUCUUGAAUGGCGUUGUCAUCGUUGAUGUCACAAGCAACUCUAAAGACCACAGAACUGCCCACUGUAAAUAUUUGUGUUGUAAUCUAAUCUGGAGAUAGUAAAAUAAAUGAAAAGCAAGGGUGCCUUAGUUAAAUAUUAACAAGAAGUGGACUACGUCCUGAAUCAAGAAGCUAGUAGUAGAGCAGCAGGCUCUGCCUCACGUGUUUCUUGCUCGUACCAUGAGCACUGCUAGUGCUCGUUAAAGGCUAGGGAUUGUCAGCCAUUUUUAUUUAGUAGUGAUGUGUUGUUCUACUUUUUUUUCCCCGGUUCUCGGUUCGGUUCCAGUUCCUAAAAAUCAUUUCUCAGCUCUCAGUUUCAUCUUAACCUCCACACAAUUUCAAGUCGCACCAAAGAUACAGUAUACCCUAAUAAAUAGUGAAGUUGUUAAAUGUGACUCAUCAGCGACCUUACUGUACCAUAAUUAGACCACAAACAAGUCGCUUAGCCCCUGGGUAGCUUAGUUGCUUCAUUGCACUGCAUCUCCAACAUCCUGUGAACAUUAAAAAUUAUAUUAAAAAAAUAAUUCCACUUAAAAAAAAUAUUUUGAGGUAAGCUAUUUUUAAUACUUAUUCAAUAAAAGUGAAUAGAUAGUUAUAUCCAUGAAGUAAUGAAAGGACCCUUUGUCUUGCAAAAGCCAAUUCUUCAGAAUAAUGGGAUUAUUAUUGUCAUUGAGUCGUUUGGCUUGGAAAUCCGUGGCUUUAAAAAUGUAGUUGACUGGGGUGGAAGUGCUGAAUGCUUGAGAGACCAGGCAUGUCAGAAGGGCAUACGAAGGGAAAAACAUCUUUCGGGAGAAGGGGGUGGGAGUGAUGGGAAAACUCGGCCAGCCUUCGCAUCGCUGGAGGAAUGAGAGAGACAGAGAGACUGUGUAAAGUACCGGUCGUGUUGCCUUGAAGGCUGUUAGAGGUAGGGCAAGUGGACAGAACAGAGGAAGUUUUUGUUUUGAGUGCUGAAAGACAACUUUAAAUCAUGUCAGUUAAUUUUUUGAUAGAGUUUUAAAAGUAUAUUAAGCCCGUGUUAUUUUUCUAUAAGUCUACCUUUUAUUUGAAAUGGUGAUCCCUGGCUGCUAGUGAAAAGAGGGACAAAAGGGUCGGAAUCUCGGCACAAAAACUUUUUUUUUCAUUCAUUCAUUUGUUUAUUUAUUUGCUCAGACACUUCUGCCGGCGGUAUCUUUCAAUAUGGGCGUGUCAAGAGGGUGGAGGGAGGGAGGGGUGACUGCCCUUUGUGGGUGUCGCCUGCAAUUAUCAAAGAUAUACUUACCAUUCAUUUGUCUCAUUGCGCUUGAAGUAAAGUUAAAAGCCGUGUGCGUGUUGGUCGCCUUUGCUCAUCACUUUCAGCCAAAGGUCACAAUACCCACCCCCAGCUGGGUACUAACGUGUAUAAAAAAUAAUAUUGCUCUGCCCAAAUACUAACAGUUCCAGAGCCAAAACCACGUCUGAAACCCACAAAUCAGAAUGGAGGUAGACUUAAAGAAAAUAUUACAAAUUGUUGAUAUCAAAAUUAAUUCAAAAGCUUUAAAAAAUUCUUUACAGCACGGAAUUUAUACCACAGCAUUUUACCGAGGAAAGUAUUAGCUGUUAUGCUUUCCGAAAAUACCGGCACCGGUACUGGUACCAACAUUAUAUUUGUGGUUUGCGAUGCUGGUUAAUGUACUGAGAACCGGCGGAACCGAGAACCGGAACCAUAAUUCCUUUCACUCCACCUAUUAUUUUAUCCUCUCAAAGACAUUGACAGCUGUUUGGGCAUCCACAUUUCUAUAUUUUGCCAAUGGCAUUUCGCUUAGCAUAACCCACAUUUUUGCGUAAAUUUACGCACUAGUAGGCAUUUUUUUUAAAUAUAAAUAAAUAGGCACAGCUAUGCGUAGAUCACUUUAUUCCAGUGAAUCAAGUGUUUCAUUUGUUUUGUAUUUUUAAAGAAGUUAUUCCCCAGUCUAUUGAGUUACUUCAGUAACAUUUAAAAAUUAGUGACUGGUAGGCGAAGACAGCUGAGCUUUCAGUAACAACUCGUUUCUUGUGAGCCAAGGUACAGUGUAUGAGUAUGAAUGUACAACAUCCUUAAACUAUAUCCAAAUGCAGACAAUGUAGAGUUUUGUUAGAUUUUUAAUUCUGUAAACUGCAGUUUUCUUUUACAAUUUUUUUAUUUUUAUUUUUUUUUUAUUUACUGGGUUGUUACUCAUCUGUUUUAAAAUGUUUACCAGCAAGUUGUUGACUUUGGAAGAUUAGCGUAUGGACAGGAAUCCUGCAACACGACCUGCAAACUAAACAAAAUAUUUAAAGCAUUAAAAAUGUCAAGUUUCUCAAAGGAUCCAAAAACUUUUCAAUAACUAAAUUUCAUUGAGCACAUGCUUGUAAGCAUAAAAAAAACUUUAUAAUUAGCUCUGUUACUAAGGUAACUCAUUCGUAACAAAUAAUAGCAGGUAAUAUUUUCUUCAUAUUGAAGUUAGUAUGUGCAUUUCUUUUCCUUGAAGACCAAAAUUGAUGGCAUGAAUGAUAUAGGUUUUACAAAGACAUUUUAUGUAGUACAUAUAUGUAGAUAAUAUAGCAAUCAUAGCAGCUAAGCACAAAUAGGUGAGAUGCAAAAUAUUUUAAUUUGAUAGGUUACUAAAUAUUUGUUUUUAAAAUAUCAGUGGUUUGGGCAUAAACACUUUCUCUUAUGUCAUUCAACAGCUAUAGUCGUAUUAAAAGUUAUGAUGUCGGCUUACGACAGUCAUAAAACCUUGUUGGUCGAACACACCAAUAUUCGUAGUCGACUAUGAUGUUGGAAACUGCUGAAAUUGGUCCCACUGAAACAAUCAAUAUCAAAAGUUGAUGAUUCAAAACAAAUAUUGCUUCAACCCAGAAACUGAAAAAAUUGUUUAAAUAAGUUGCGAACAAACCAUUUGAGCUACCGGUUAGUUAAUGGUUACAGUGUAGACUUGAAUCUGCAAUUAAGUGGAAGAACUAUAUGAAACUAUAUGAAAGUAAGAUGCUACUGUUUUUCUCUUGGCACCAAAAUUGAAGUAAACUUAUGAUCGCUGUAAGUCUGUAGUCGGUAAAUGGACAAACAGUAGAUGCCUCCCCUGUAGCUAUGGAUCAUCUCGCUUCUAGUUUGCAGUCCGGAGAAAAUAUCGCCCUCUGUUGCCAAUAGUGAUGCUAGUUAGCCACAUGGAUUAGUUAUGUUCCAAUAAUUAAUCAUAAUGCUUAUAUUUAGGCCAUUGUUAAGUAUAUAAAGUUUUAAAAAUUACUGAACUAUAUUUUUUUCAUAUCUUUUUAUGACUAUAAAGUAGUGUCUAUUGACAGUAUUUCAGUUGUAGUUAUUCUAAAAACUCUUAAUUCUAUACUAAGUGCCAAUUUUUUCAUACGAGAGAAUAGCACCUUAUAAAUUUCAGGCAUUCCAUUAAAUCAUGUGCUUGCUGUUCAUGAACACUGCCAAACGUAAAUAUUAAAUUUUAAAAAAAAGUUAACGGAAUUUAAAACUAAGCCGGCAACUUUUGGUUCUGCCUUAUAUUUAGUAAAAAAAAAAAUAUAUUAUGCUUUUGGUGAAAAAUGCAACCAGAAUAUGCAUUAUUUUCCAAAUUCUCAUUUAAAUAUAAUUUCUUUUUUACAGCAUACAAUAAAACAGAUUUUUUUCAGAAAUAUUUAUUAAAGACGGCAUAAUUUUUUUUAAGCACUUCAAAGUUGUGUCUGAAAUGUUUGGCUCUAUGGUGUAAAUCUGGCAACAGUGGUACUGACAGUGAGGGACCGGUGUUGAGUCGACGACCACAGUUCAGAGAAGCUUGGUCGGCCCUGAAACCUUACCGUAACGUUCCAUGAACAGAAGGAAACCUAGAAGGGACAAAGGAUCACUGCAGUCUAACUUAUCGAGGCUCGCCACCGUGUGAGACCACCAGGACAGCUUGCCAGCAGUCCCAGGCGGCGCUGCGGUGAGAUGGGCCGAGUGACGCUGUUUGGGGGCAGAGCCUGUGGCUUCUUAAUUACGCUAGUUGCGUGCGAGUCAGAUCAGUACUAUCGCCUCUCCAGUCUCAUGCAUCCUUGGCCUCGUGUGUGGACAGUUCUGGCAUCUCGAAGAUACCACUUCUUGCACCCUUUUUUAAAUUUCAAAAUGUGGUUUUGUUUUGUUUUUUAUUUGUGAAAAAAUAAUUAUCAUUUUAGUUGAUGCUAAUUUCCUUGGGGAAGCAUUUUCAAUAAAUUUAAAUGUCACAUGGUUUUAAUAUUUUAAUUAAUUUGUGAUGCGUCAAAUUCAAAUCCUCUUUUUCUGAAAUCUGAAAUUUAAAUAUGAUUCUUAGAAAUGUGCCUUGAAUCCCAAUCUAGAUCUCAAGAGUCAGUGAUAAAAUAAUACAUUAAAUAUAAAAAAAAUUAGUUUAACUCGUUCUAAAUUUAUUUUCUAAUAAAAAGCAUAUGUACUUGUUUAGGAUAUGAACUUUUUUUUUCUUGGAGUGCUAAAUAGUGAUGUCUCUGGUUGGUCCCGCCGGUUCUCUACAAACCAACCCACAGAGAACCUUUCCCGGUGAGAUACAGGCGGUGCCAAAAUGUCGGUAAACCUUCCAUCUGGUUGGCCACAUUCUGGAAGGUCAGGAAAGUCGGAGUUGGUAGGGACUGUACUUGAUAUCCUGGAAAAGUCAUGGAAAUUCCCCAGUGACAAUAAUUUGAGGGGAAAAUUUUUGUAUUCCAGUCUGCCAUCACCCAGACUGUAAAAGCUUUUUUUUUUUUCUUCAGAGGGUGUUUUAAGUGUACAGUCAUACACACUAUAAAAUGAUGUAUGCCAGAUUUUAUUUGAAAAUUUUUAUUAUUAUAUAAUUCUUAGCUAUCUAUGGGAAUGGUGGAGGCUGUAUUGUCAUUAUUUCUUUCAGAAAAUUGCAAAAUAUGUAUAUAUUUUUUAAUAUAGCUAGGGAAAUUUGAAAUUUUGGUCCUAGAAAAUGGGAAAUGAUAUUGAGGGUUUGUGUGGACACUUCCUUUUAGGACACCCGCCCAGAAGGAAAGUUAACACUGGCAGGAAUUAACAGAAUGUAAGCUAGAGACAUCUUUGUGCCGAGAUCCAUACGUUUUUUAGUCCAUCUUUUCAAUUUGAGAUAGGGAUGUUCAUUUCAACUAAAAGUAGACCUAUGGAAAUGUUACACAGACCCAAUAUUUUAAUACACCAUGAUUUACAGUUAUCGAUACUAACCGUAGGUAUUUGCUACAACUUUCGCAGCACUACACUUGAUUUAACUCAACAAACAUAUAUUAAUAAAGGUACACUUAUGUUAACUUGAGGGUUACUUCCCGUGCCCAUUAUAAGACAUACAUAACAUGCAAUUGCAUUAGUGUGUUGCUGUUGCUGCAUUAGUUUUUAUUACUUAAUUUUUCUUAAUUUACCUGAUUUCUGUAUGCAGAUUUUUUUUUCUCAAGCAAUUAUUUGAUAGGUGUGCCUUAAUUAAAUAUUGACUCAGCAAAACUAGUUGUUAGUACGUAUCACUAGAUAUUGCUAUGCCACAGGCAGUCUGAACAGUGCUGCCCCAACAUCUAGUGAGACGUGAAGCCAUGUGCUACCUAGGGGCUGGGAUUUGUUUGUGAUUGAAUUAUGAUAAAGUUCAAUUUGAACAAACAAACUCACCAAGUAUUAUGACAUAGUUUAUGUUUGGUGUGGCUGGAAAUUGUGUCGAGGUUAACAUAGAUUUGAGAACUAUAUUUAAGAUCUGGAACCAAACCGUGAACCAGGAAAAAGUGGAAUCCAUCCAUCAUUCCUGCUAAAAAAAAACACUCUCACAGCAUUGCAGCUGGUAUCUGACACAUUACAAACAUUUCUUUGAUAACAAGGGUAGAGAUAAAUAAUGUAGCCCUUGUCAACUUCUUAUGUAGGUAGCUAGUAUCUGAAUUAUUGAUUUUCUCCUCAAAUUAUUUAUUAAUUUUUUUUUAUUAAUGAAAUACUUCUAAUCCAAAUAAAAUAUUUAAUGAUAUUCGAGGAUUUGAUGGGCUCAUCAUUAAAAAUAAUGCUACAAAUUCAAGUUUAACAACCACAGUAAAAAAAAUAUCUUUCGUACUCUUUUUAGAAAGGAAUCUGGGAAAAAAAUUGAAAAUGUGAAGAAGGUUAAUAAAAUAAAGAAAAAAAAUUUACACUGUGUGGUGGUGUCUGUGCUAUUAUUUUCUCGGACGCUUCCUUUGUAGAUACCUUUGAUAUCAGCUGAUAAUGUGGUAUCAAGAAUGUAUUGUCCUAUCAUUAAUUUUAAUCGCUGUCCAAGCUAUAUUUUUUUAAAUUGAGAUGUUUGUUGAUAAAAUGUAAUUAAUGAGACAAUAUAAUAAUUUUUACAAUCCACUUUGCGUAUAUACAUUUGUUCUUUUUUAAUAUUUGAAUUAAUAGUAUAAUCCAGAAUUAUUAAUGCUCUUUUCCAUGUCUGGUAUGUAUAGGUUUAUACAAGUGAAUGUGGUAUUUUUACUGUCAAAUGUGUUUGUUUUGCAUUAUUUUAUUUAAAUGAAUUGAAUAAUGGUUUUAUGUACAUAAAAUUAAGUUUAUAACAAUUGAAGAAAUGUUUGAAAUGGUUUUCCUUUAUAUGAUUCAAAACUACCUAGGACCAUCUGCAAGUCCAGUUUGGUAAAUAACUUUAUGAAAUGUAUCUAGUUUAUCUUCGUAGUGGCUGCGUGUUAAGAUGUAGGUAAUACCAUCUCCGAUAUCUGUGUGUAAUUGUUUGUUGUUUACUUAUGUGCUCAACAUUUUCCCUUUCACUCUACUCGAAUUGUAAAUUUCAGUUAAUUUUUAUUUGGUUACAAAAUAAAUUCCUUGGUGACAACAUGAAAUCACAGCGUAUGUUUGCAGAACGUGUUUUUCCAAGCUCUCAGGUGAUCAUCAGCGUCUCCUACGGCAUGGUCAGCGUUGCUUUGACGCGCCAUCCAGCGACAUACAUAUUGUUGGUUUGUUUGAGUGAAAAAUUUUUGGAAGAAGCUGUGUGUGCUGUCUCGUUUCUGUUGUGUGUCAGCUGUGAAUACAGUGGAUCCUUGCAAUAGGAGAAAAUGAAUCAGAUGCUUAAGGUGGAUAAUUAUGAGUAAAUGCAUAGUUUGUCUCCCUCUCAACAAGUCCUGUUGCAAGACAUAGUUGAGUAACCUGCAGCAUCGCACCAGCCAUUAUCAAUAUUUCAAAGAACCACCGAUUUCGUCUUCUUCUGAAGCCUUCAUUAAUGCCAGAGAUAACCGUUUCAGAAAUGACUUUUCGUAACACUCAUUCAUUACAAUUAAAACACACCUGAUUGAUCUCUGAUGAUACUUUUACAUUUCUAAACAUUUGUUGAUUGCAGCUGUAAGUCCCUUCCAUCGUGCAGUUCUUAGUAUUUUGCAAUAGUUUUAAAUUUGAGUUAUUUAGCCGAAAAAUAAUAUCAUCUUCCCGGGCUUUUACACGGAAGAAAAUGACCAGUUGUUUGUGAGCUGGCAACCAUAACCAAUGACCACUACGUACUCCAGUCCAAGAUGAGCCCAGCAGGACACACAGCCAGGUCCAAACUGAACAUGGGGCAGCUGUGGUGCAUUUGUAAAACCAAGAUUGCCAGGUCUUGUCCCCUGUGAAUUCUUGGCAUAAUGUUACAACACAAAACCUUACCUUUAUUCUGUAUCUGAAAUUCAAAGGAAGAAUGUUCUUCUGGAAAGUCGUCAUUAGUGCAUUCGCGCUGUGUACAACCCUGGUUGGAUGAAGACUUGAGGGACCCUACCUGGUGUUGUUAUGCUAAUUUAGACAGCAACUCGGAAGCGCUGAGCGUGACACUGGUACUCGCACCGAGUUCUCUGUGUCCAUCGCGCACAAGGCAUUCUUCUCCCAGCGAUGCGUGUACGUGAGGCAGUGACUGUAAUUGUUAUCACAGGAAAGUUUUACCCACAGCUUGGUUGGUGGCCUAGAUAUUCACUACAGUGACGUUUUCAGAUACAUAAAUACAUGUAAAAAUUUCUUAUUUUGACUAAGCUUGCAGGGCUUUGAAGAAAAAAAAAUUACCAAACUCUAAAAAUGUCUUGAAAGCUGGCAUCCCGCAUAGUUCAAAGGUUAUUUUUCCUCCCAGUUUGUGCAAAAACAGAUUGCAAAUAAACGUGAAAUAGUUGCCAAGGUGAGUAGUGUGGCGAUAGCAGUGCUGGCUGCAGAAAGGUUCCACUGGUGACUGGUGACAGGUGACAGGGGUGAAUGUGACAAUGUGCUCGUCCACCUGCGGAAUGGUCAUUAGCCGAUGCAUGUGCCGAGACUUCCGGGGGAGUUUGCUCUCCACUCGGCCUGAGGCCGUCUGCUGAUGGGAGGGAUGCUGCUUCUGUUGCUAACCUUGCCUCGCGAGUGUGUACGUUGUAACUGCGUAGUUUGUGUGCAUCAUCCUGUUUUCGUUCAACAAAUGAUCGCCAGGAAGGGGGAGUGACGCGGGCGAUGGACACCCAGCUUGCUGAAGAGUACAACAGUAAUGCCUUAUUCGUUAGUACUUAACCUUGGCUCGUCUUGACAAGGUCAGGCCUUCGUAGCAGGUGGGAACGGCAUGCUGUAGGAUUUUUUUAAAACGCGCUAGAAGUACAUGCUGAGUGUGUAGCUUGUAGCCAUGUACAUUGUGUGUGUGUGUGUGUGUGUGUCUCUUGUAGGUGAAAAUAUUGACAGUUGUCACAUGCUAGUUGUUCUUCAGUUUGUGCCCCAGAAGCGACAGUCUGAUGUGGGGUUGGUUCUGAUUUUGGGAUCGAAGUCGAUUCUUCCACUGUGUAGAAACGUCAAGGUUUACAAGCGAGAUAUACUUCCGUAGUAGCUGGUUACGCUGUACCUAUUUGUAUGUGAACUCACUGCAUGCAUUUCACCACUGCAUAAAAGUAUAUUGCUAAUGUUUGUAAAAUUAGAUUUUUUUAUAACUUUGAUUUAUCACGUGAAAGAGUUAAUUAAAGACAAGUCUGUUCAAACGUGUCAUGCAAGGAUGUUGGGUAACGGAAAUGAAACUACGUUCUGUGUCGGUAGUCAAAUGCUCUUUAAGAAUGAACAACAGGAAGAAAAUAGUUUAGCUCGGAUGCACAGCUGUGAUCAUCGUCCUGGGAAACUAGUCCAACCAAAUGACUGUCACGACUGCACUUCCGAGCAAAACUGUCUUCCUACGACAGCCUGCAAGUACUUGCGGCUGAAUUGUCUUGGGGUUAUUUUUCUAUCUUCCCAUGUUUGCAAAUUUUAUUUAUCAUAAUGUAAUUGUAAAUGCAGAUGUGUAAUCAUUUAUUCAUAUGUAAUAUUUUUUUUAAGUUAUGACUUAAUGAUGAUAUUGUACUAGCUUUGGUAGAGUAUAAUGUGUUUAUUAAGGGAUAGAAACCACUAAUUUGUUAACAUACUUGGAAAAAUGAGGUAGUUGUUAAAGGAACGGACCCAAGACCACACAAGUGUGACACUUCUGUCGCCAGACCCGAGUCGCACGCACGCAGACAGACCACUUACGUGGUGGUUCUAAACUGCUCCCAGGCACAGCAGAUAUUGUAAAUGUUGUUCGCUGAAAGAAGCAUGUUUGGCUUUUGCUAGAACAUUGACAUCCCUGAGUCUCUUACUGUUUGUAGGCAUUUUAACUAUUAAACAAAUAAAUGAGUUUGUUUUGUUUUAAGUUUAUAGAAUAUUACUGUUUUGAAAUUACUUGUUUUAGAUUACUAAGUGAACCUGUGGAGUAAAACUAAUGUUCGGAUACAAACAUCACUAUUAUAAUGUGAUCAAUGGUUUUGAUAUUACAAAUAAACCAAGUUAUAUGUAAAUCAAAGGAAUAUUCAGAGUUAAAAUGUGCUAAGCCAAUAAGACAGCUUGUUGGAAAAUGCUGUUCAGGUAUUCUUCGCUUUAUUAAGUAUGGUGUGUGUGCAUGGAAAUCACAAAUCUGGUUUCACUGUCUGAUGUUGGCAUGUAGACAAAUUAAUUUUCUAAAUGACAAAUGUAUCGCUGUGAGUGUUGUACAAAAGGUUUUAUUGGUUUCUGUGAGCCAAUGUUGGACAUGUUUGGAGCUUGCUUUUGGCUGGACUGCGAGUCGGGGUUGUACCGUAUUUGUAGUUUUCUAUUUUGCUCCGUUUCUCUCAAACCACUCGUAUACCAGUAUGUGUAACGAGUUGAGUGCAAGUACUGUCGAGUGCAUUUGAGCCGAAAGAUAUCAAUUUGAAAUUAAAGCCUUAACCAAUUUUUACUAAUAGAAUAUUGAUUGCAAGGAGUAAACUCAUUCUCAACUCGUGUUUUCUUUUUGACAUUUUUAAAUAAUAGAAACAAUACGAAUCCUAAUUACUUUCUUUAUCUGUUGAGAAUCUUCUUUGGUGUGGUUGUUAACGAAAAAGAACUCAUCUGUAAGUGCACAAUAUGUUUGAAACAACACAUUUGUUGCUGGGCUGUUGCAAUCACCCAUACCACCAUGUGCACACAAAAAAAAUUCAGUGGAUUUUUAAGACUGCCACUGCUUUCGAGUUGCCUUGCAUUAAGCACUUAUGCCCUUAUAUACUGUUUGCUGCACAGGAUAGAGAUCCAUAUUGGUAGUAAACUAUAAAGUACUUUAUGCGCGAAAGUAACUAGACUAUGGAAUAAAGAUGUAUAACGUGGACCAUACUUUUAGACUGGUAUAAAUAAAAAUGUGCACAUACUGCAGAUGUUGUUGCUGUAGUUCCGGGGUGUCACUAUACCACCGGUUUGGCAUGAAGCGGUAAGUGUGUGCUGGGGCGAAUGUGGCAUGGCUCUAGAAAGUAAAGAUCCAAACUUUUAUUUUGAGUUAAAGUAUUUAAAGCACUUAUUGGAAUGUUUUGUAGACUAUUUCUGAACAUGCACAAGAGCAGAUAAGGCAGGGUUAACACAUUUGUUGUUUAUCUUUCUGUAAACCAAUAACAAAGUACAGGCAGCAGACGCCAAGUAGGAAGUUCAUGUGGUAAUUCAAUGCAGUAAAUUAGUUAAUUCGACUUAUGGAAAAUUACAAAAAAAUAACUAUGAUCACAAUAUAAAUAAUUUUUUUAAAUUUAGUUUCAAUAACACAAAAAGUUUGUACAUUUUAAUCCAUUUUUUUUGCUUUGUUGGAAGUCACUUUAAACAAUCUUAGAAGCAAGAGCAAGUUACUGUUGCUAUCGUUGGGAGAGUGUUGGUUCUGUUCUCCCGUCCCUUAUCGUAGUCGCUGCCUCGUGCCGCGAGCUCUGGUGUCAUCUCGGGGGUCAGCUGUGCGGGAGUGGACCGGCCGCACAGUUGCUCGUAGUGCCAGGUUGUAGUUAUAUAUAGUAUAUCAGAUUUAGUGAAAAGCAAUUUAUGUAGUCGUGCAAAUCCUUUAAUCCAUUGUUUUUUGCCGAAUUUUUUUUUUUCCCCAUGGUGUAAGUAUGGAACUAAACCAGCUGUUAACCUCGCGAAAGCAGAACUACAAACGUACGUGCUACAAGAGCUGCGUGAACGUGUUGCCAACUUGUGAUUGGUUGUUUUUGUAUGUAAGCAUUUUGUAUGGAGUUGUUUGCCGAACGGUGCGUGGCUUGCGUCGCCAAUCGGCCGACAGGAAUCCUCGUGCACGGCGUAGUAACGAUAAAUCAGUUCAUCGUAACAUGUCUCUUUAAGAGCCUCCCGCAACUUUCUGUGGUUGGAGCGUUGGUUCAACAUCUAUCUAUACACUUGUACAUAUCAUUGUCUUGAAAUACUUACGUAGUGUACCGGAGAAACACAAGGCAUGUUUUGCUAGUGCACGUGAAUGUGUCAUGGUUCGGUAAUUUAGCUCUGGCCGUGGCUUCACUCAGCAUGAAGGGAAAGGUUGCUCAGGCUCUCCUGUCGGUUCUGAUUGGCGCGAGCCUUGCAGAAUCACGUGCUUGUGACAUCGCACUGUGCAAUAUGUUUCUGUAUAAAAAAGUUAUUGUUUUGUUUAAAAGGAGAUAUACUUGUACAUUGUCAGGAGUAGUUAAUUUUAGCUGUUAAUAAUACUAGCAUGUGUAAAAAGUAAACUUGAAGCUGUAAUGUUUAGUAAGGAUAUGAUGAGUGUUCAUUUGUUUGUCAAACUUUGAAGAUAUAGACAUUGUGAAAUAAAAAGCUUAACUGUAGGCCAUGUUUCGGUGUGAUUCUCGCGUGCCUGCUGGCACGGCAGGCGUGGGCCAUGCGGAUGUGUUUGGUCUGCAUUAUCAAAAAAAAACAAUAAGUUUAUACACACAAUGGGUAAUUACUGUUAGUAGUUAUGUUACCACUUUAUAUGACCCAUCAGAGUGAUGUUACAUGAGUAUGUUACUUGAAGUAGUGUUUUUCAAUUUUUUGUUUGUGCUAAAAUAAAAUAAAUGCUUAAAAAAUUUCCUGUUUGCAAUUAUCACGCACGCUUGUAUGAUUAUCACGAGCCGGUUUGAACUAGCGGAAUGUGAGAUGCGUUGUUUGCGCAUAUUGCGCACGUACAUGCAAGUCCAAUGGUUUAGUGAGAAAUAUGGGAAACCAGACAUAUUUAAUGUUCACAGCAGCCAAUUGCGCUGUGUGGAGUCGUUAAAGUUCCGAACAUCACGACCUUUGUAAAAAAAAGUGGUACAUAGCCUAUAUAUUUAAUAUAUUAGCAUACCGUGCACUUAAAAAACCUUCAUGUGACAGUUGUUUGGACAGAUACAGGCACAUCCUUGGAAGAUGAAGAUCUAUCUAUGAUACGAACAUGUUUGUCGAGACUUUUUACCAUUUUUAAACUAUAAUCUUUAAUGUUAAAAUGUUUAUAGGUGUGUGUAAAGCUUCGUAAAAUUAAGUAAAUUUAAAGAUUUUUUUUUAAAGGCUUAAUACGUGUAUACAAAAUAGCAAACAGUGAGUAUGUAAAAGUUUUCAGGCCUCAGGUCAGGUUUGGGAAAUCAAAAGAUUUUGUGAGAUUUAUUUUUAGUAACAUCUUAAGCCAAUAUAUUUAAUUUUCUGUUUGUUCGUUCAACUGUUGAGAGAGUAUACACACUGCAUAGAGUCAUUCAUAACUCAUAAGUAAUGCCAGCCCAGUGAUCACUUUACUUCAAAAUAUAUCAUAGAGAAGAAAACUUGAAUAGAUCUAAAUGUGAUCACUCAUUUCCAACGUAACCUCACACUUGACUGCUCACGGAACUGCUACCGGCAGUUAUGUGCGUCGUGCGUGGCUGAUCAAAAAAGGGCAAAAAGACAUUCGCCCAUUAUGCCAUUAAUGCUAGCAGGCAGGAGAGAGGAAUGCACAUACAGUCUGAGUUUUACAUUUUUGUGAUCCAGCAAUAGGAACUGACUGUACCUCCAACUUUUCCCUUCUUCUACCUGAAUGCCUCUUGUAAAAGAACAGCAAGCUAUUAACAAAGGGAAAGCCGUGCACUAAAACAGUUUCGGGCAUCUUACUUAUGUUUGUUAUAAUUUCAUUUGCUCAACAUAUGUAUUAGAGGAAGAAAGAUUCUACAAUUCUACAGAGGACAUCCAUCUGUAAUUGUUUCUUCAUGUUAAGCUGCAUAUAUGUACUUGAAGCAAGAGGGAGUCAGCAACAUUUUCAUACCAAAUUCUAAGACUGUUUAUGUUAAUUUAAAGCUUUAUGCUUAUACCAUUUUGGUUUCAAGGCAAAACCGUUCUUAACUAUAAGGAAUGAUUGUAACAUUUACACCUCUAUUCAUAUUCAGUGUAUGCCGAUGAAAGACCUACUUUAGUACUUAAAGUUGUAUCUACCUAAUUUUCAUAAUGUAGCAAAAAUUCAAGUGCUCUAUCUCAUUCAAAGACACAUGUUUCUGGAAAAAAAACCUUGUAAUUUUUUUUUAUUCUCUUAUCAUAAUUUUUUUCUUUAAACAGGCAUUACAUUGUAUCCAGCCUACAUGAACAUAGCAUGAAGUCAUGCAAUAUUGUUUGCUUGGCAUGAACAUUGUAUCAUUCUCUAAACCAGUCAAAAUCAGACAAUAAAACUCUUUCUUAUUCUAUGAA